AUGGCCUCCUCUUCUGAAUCUUUCAACUCCUCCUCUGUCACUGAUCAGAAUAGCCCAUAUUAUAUUCAUCCGAGUGAGAAUCCGGCAUUAGUGCUCGUUGCUCCACCACUAGACGGAGCUAACUACCAUGGCUGGGCAAGAUCGAUGAAGAUGGCGUUGCUUUCCAAAAAUAAGCUGAAAUUCAUUGAUGGCUCCAUUUCUCUACCUUCCGUCAAAGAUCCGUUGUAUCCUGCAUGGGAGCGUUGCAAUAAUCUGGUACAGGGGUGGAUUAUCAAAUCUUUAUCACCGACCAUUGCUAGAAGUAUCCUAUGGUUUGAUCAGGCUUCUGAAAUCUGGAAUGAUUUGAAAUCGUGUUACUCCCAAUCGGACCUCUUUAGAGUGGCUGAUUUACAGGAGGAGGUUUAUACUUUGAAACAAGGUAAUAUGACCGUUAGUGAGUACUAUACUCGUCUCAAGAUUCUAUGGGACGAAUUGUUCAAUAUUCGCCCGCUCAAGGUCUGCGAUUAUGGUUCCACUGAGAGUGCUCUCAAACAUCAUGAAGAGGAUCAAGUUAUUUGGUUCUUGAAAGGCUUGAACGAGCAAUUUUCCUCAGUUAAGUCUCAAAUAAUGCUCAUUGAUCCUCUGCCAUCGCUGAAUCGCGUUUUCUCUCUUGUUCUUCAACAAGAGCGUGAACUUCAAAUAGUUCCUGACUCCAAGAUCUUGAUGGCUAAAGCUCCUCGACCUACCUCCUCUGCCUCUAAGCAGGUUACUAAUAAACAAUGUACCUACUGCGGAAAACCUCGCCACACUAAAGACACGUGCUACCAUAAACACGGUUUUCCUCCUGGCUUCAAAUUUCGCUCGUCUGGUUCUCCUACCAUGGUUAAUCAAUUAAGUGCUCAUGAUUCUGCAUCUGCUCAAGCAAUUCCUACUGCUAAGCCUCUGCCACCAAAUUCUUCAACAGCUGCUAUUCUUCCACAAUUGUCUCCUGCUCAGUAUCAACGUCUCCUUGCUCUGCUUAAUCCUCCACAAUCUUCUACUUCUUCUAUUAAUCAUUUCUCUGCUUCUGCUUCCUCUCCUGUUUCAGAUAUUCCAUCUUCUAUUCAUCCUCCUAUUACACCUACUGUUACUCAUCCUACUAAUCCUUCUGCACCUAUUGUUACUUCCACACCAACUCCAGAACCCCCUAUUGUUUCUACUCCCUCCCCUCCAACUUGCUCUGUUCCUCUACACACCAACCCUGACUCUUUUCAAACUCUUCGGCGCUCCACCAAAUCACACAAACCUCCUUCAUAUCUGUAG